GCGGGGGGCGGAGGGACAGAGGAAAGAUGGCGGCCAAGGCCGGAUAUUGGCGCCGCCUCCCCCAAUCCUGGAGCCGGCGCAGAUGAGGCAGCUCAGCUGGGGCCAGCGGCGCGUCGGAACCCGAGCUGGGGGGACCCUGGCGGUGGGGCCUGGCCCUGCUAUAUGCCGGCGCCUCAGCUAGAGUGAGCGCGGCAGCCGCGGCGACGCCUCUUGGCUUCGGCUCUUUCCCUGUGGCUGUGAGUGCGAGCGGGUGGCGGGCGGCAGAGGCGGCGGGACCGGGAUGGAGGACGUUAACUCCAAUGUGAACGCGGACCAGGAGGUGCGGAAACUGCAGGAGCUGGUGAAGAAACUGGAGAAGCAGAACGAGCAGCUGAGGAGUCGCUCGGGGGCCGUGCAGGGCGCCGGCUCCCUCGGGCCCGGCAGCCCGGCUCGGGCCGGCGCGUCCACUCCCUCCUCCGGCUCGGCGUCCCCACGGGGCUUCCCCUUGGGCCUCAACGCCAAGUUGGGCAGCGGGGCCGGGUCGGGCUCGAGGAGGACGAGCAGCGAGGAGCUGCGGGACACCACCUCCUUGUUGGCAGCGGGCGAGGGCGGCUUGCUGGACGAGGUGGAGCCGCUGCGGCCCGACGAGCUGGAGCGGCUGUCAGGCUGGGAGGAGGAGGAGGAGAGCUGGCUAUAUUCAUCACCAAAGAAAAAACUUACACCAAUGCAGAAAUCAGUUAGUCCGUUAGUUUGGUGCAGGCAAGUUUUGGAUUACCCAAGUCCUGAUGUUGAAUGUGCUAAAAAGUCUCUUAUCCACAAACUUGAUCAAACUAUGUCAGCUCUCAAGAGGCAGAAUUUAUAUAAUAAUCCUUUCAACUCCAUGAGUUACACAAGUCCUUACAGUCCAAAUACAAGUAGCCCAUACAGCAGUGGUUUCAAUUCUCCAUCCUCAACCCCAGUGCGACCUCCUAUAGUCAAACAGCUAAUACUUCCUGGAAAUUCAGGUAAGGAAAAAAAUGAAAUGGAAAAUAAAAUAACACAUUCAUUAUCGUCAGGUCUCCGGCAAGAAUAUGCAGCCACCACAUCUCGGCGCAGUUCUGGUUCAUCUUGCAAUUCUACAAGACGGGGUACUUUUAGUGAUCAGGAACUUGAUGCACAAAGUUUAGAUGAUGAAGAUGACAGUAUGCAUCAUGCAGUAUACCCUGCUGUUAACAGGUUUUCACCAUCACCACGCAAUUCACCUCGACCAUCACCUAAGCAGUCACCCAGAAACUCACCUCGUUCACGAUCUCCUGCUCGGGGAAUAGAAUAUAGUAGAGUGUCCCCACAGCCUAUGAUUAGCCGCUUACAGCAACCUCGCCUUUCACUUCAAGGCCAUCCCACAGAUUUACAGACAAGCAAUGUUAAAAAUGAAGAAAAACUAAGACGCAGUCUUCCAAAUCUGUCCCGAACAUCUAAUACACAAGUUGACUCAGUGAAAAGCAGCAGAAGUGACUCAAAUUUUCAAGUGCCAAAUGGAGGAAUACCUCGCAUGCAACCUCAGGCUUCAGCCAUACCUUCUCCAGGCAAAUUCCGCUCCCCUGCAGCACCAUCUCCUUUGGCUCUCCGGCAACCAGUAAAAGCAUUUAGUAACCAUGGCUCUGGUUCUCCUGGUAGCCAGGAAACAACACAACUCACACAAACCACCUCGUCACCUGGGCCUCCCCUGGUUCAGAACACAGUCCCAGCAAAUCCUCCCAGCAAUAUCAACAGCACCACUCUAACCAGACCUGCAGGGACAGCCGUGAUGAGAAGUGGCUUGCCCAGACCCAGCGCCCCUUCCGCUGGGGGUAUACCAGUGCCUCGCAGCAAACUUGCACAGCCUGUCCGCAGAUCUUUGCCAGCUCCUAAAACCUAUGGUAGCAUGAAAGAUGACAGUUGGAAAGAUGGCUGUUACUGACCAGCAAAGACAAGCAAGCAGAGGUCCACAGCUCCAUGGAUACCCCUUCACCAGGCUAAAAGACAACUUUUAUAUGCAGACUGUUCAGAUAAGACUCUUGGGAUUUAUAAAAUCCCAGCCCUCUCUGUCUUAAUUAGCACAAACUGACAGAGAUGACCAAGCAGCACUUUAAUGACAUUUAACAUCAGAUGUGUUUGGUAAUCAUACAAUCACUCUCCAUGGAAUCUCUUUUAGUUUUGUUUAAUACAAACUAAGUUGAUUUUUUUAAUAUUUGACAGAGGCCAAUAUCUGGGCAAAAAAAACCUAAUGGAUGCCAAAGAGAAAAUGCCCAUUUGUAAACGAGAGAGUACCUUUGUGCACAAGAAAAUGGUGAAUUGAAGCUAUCCAAAACUUCACAUUCAGUCUAAUUUACUGUAUAAAUGGUAUCAAUAAAUACUUGUGUUAAUGAGAACUAAUAUUCUGACUAAUUAUCUAAAAUGUUUCACUAGUGUUUCACUGGUACUCCAAGAAACCAGGCUGAGAUGGAGGAGGAUGGGGUGGCAAGAAACCUGGGCUAGAGAUGUAAAACAUGAUACCUAAAUUUGGGACAAUUCUAUAAAUUAUUUUUGCAGACUCAUUAGAAAAAUUGUCAUUUUGUUUCAUCUUAAGUUUUGGAUAUAGCUCACAUAUCACCACUACCAGAUUGCGUUACUGUGUGCAUCCGUCAUGUUGCAUUGACACAUCGGACUUCUGUGUUUGUUUUUGAUUGCCAAAAGGGCUUAAUGUCAGUUGUACAAUCUUCCUAACUUUAUAGCUCCUGGCUCAGGAAAGAUAGCCUUUGCUAUUGAAGCCAACUUCUUCACAUGCUGUUAUCUGUUACAGAACCAAGAGAUCUUGUUUUCAUUGGCAGGUUGCCAUGAAUGGGAAAGAGCAAGUUAUAUGUGUCUUUAUUCUUGCUAUAAAUACCAUCACCUCAGUGCUUACAACCUGGAACAAAACCAUACAGUGAGGCGGGGGAAACCUAUGCACUUAACUUACAAAAGCUCUGGUAGUGACAGUUGUAUUGUUGCUGUUAAAUGACACAAACGGUCUAUUAUGUGGUUGGAAACCAACCCGCUGAAUCCUGCCUAAGUUGGUCCACUUUAAACUGAGUAACUGUAUAAACAUCCUUGGAAAAUACUGUCCCUUUUGACUUAGAUUCUGCCUUACAUCACUUUUUUGCAUUUUUGGUAAUAAAUGGAACCUACUACAUGUGACUAAUCUUUAAAUACUUGCUCUCUAAUGGCCCUUAUGUCUACCCUGGGAAUCACUUAUUUCAGUUUUAUUAAACUGUUACCAGACUGAAGCAUCCUUCUGUAGCAGGCUUCUCAUUUUUCUUGGUGAGAGGCCUGUUUUUAAAUAUUUAAUUUGAAAAGCUCUAAAAUAUUGGCAGUCAGGUCACCUAAAGGAUUUUAGAGAUUUGAACAUAAGUUCAUUUCCUGUUAGUCAAGGACAUUCUGUAAGUUGGCAAAAGAAAUUGAGAGAGAAAUGGGAAGCCUGAUAUUCGGGUAGCAUUGAGGUUGACAUGUUGAGGGAAUGGUAGAACCUUUAAAACCAAGACCCCUGUUCUGCCGUAACUGACACCAUGGUGGUCUUUAUCAGUUAGGGAGUCGUUCAGUUAGCACAAGCAGCUGGACAUUUAAACUGCCAGUGCUACUGGAUUUGGGUGUAUAAUGCAAGGACGAAAUUUUAUCCUUGAAUUUGAGGGCAAUGGGGGUGGGUCAGGAAAGGAUGGCACCAGAAUUCCACAUGAUGAAAAAAAUGUUUGCUUUUCAGAAGAAGAGAAAGCAUUUGCUUUGGGUGUGGGGGUAUCCCAUGUAAAAAUCUAAGUACAAGAAAGAACUAGCCACUGUCUCUUUUUAAAACCACAUGUACGCAAAACAAAAUAGGUCUCAGUUUUCAGUGCAACACUGCAAAAACUAUAUAUAUAUAUAUAUAUAUAUAUGCUGCAAUCUAAUUAAGAGGAAAUUUAACUCUAUUAUGAAACACCCAUUACAUUUUUAAGUUAGAUUAUCAGUUUCAAAAGGAGUAUUCAGGUUAUUUAACUUUGUUUUUAAAUGGCUGCAUCAGAAAAAAAAAUGUCUAUUUUUUUUAUUAAAAUAUUCAUCACUUGUUAAAAAUGUAUUUGGAUCUGAGUUGGGUAAAGUAUUAUUUUACCUGCUGUUUACUACCACAGACUAUUGGCUUUUAGUUUCCUAAAGAGAAAAAUUGCCUUUUUACUAGAAAGCCUUUGUGUGUUGCCAAUUUUUCUGUUUGGGAAUAUCUGAGGAUUCACUGUGGUUAGUCUAACAGGAGAAAUGUGGGUUUGAUAAUCUAGUGCCUAUGAUUUUAACUUAUGUUUGAUAUAUAGUAGUAGGGGUUUUAUGAAUGUUGAUUAUUUUUUUGUGCCAACAGCCCAGAAUUGUCACUUAUAUGUAAGCAGAAAAAGAUGAGCUCUGCUUCCAAAGUUAUUUAAUUUUCUCAGUGUUUGAAUGUUAUUUUUUUGUGUGUUAAUAAAAGUGUAAAGAAUUGGAAAAAAUAUAAAUAUUCUUAACUCAAGCAUUUGCUGGAUCAUUUUUCUACAAAACUUGUUUGUAAUAUAAAACACUCUCUAAAGAGUUGACUUUUUUCAGUUUUCAUACCCUGAAAAUCACAUUUUGUAAAACUGGGGACCAUUCAUAAUUGUCAGAUACUUUUUAAAAUUAUUAUCUCAAUACAUCACUUUUAUAAAAAAGUUUUUUUGAAAGGAAAUUAGAUACAUAUGUGUCCCCAGAUGUUUGUAUAACUAGAAUGACCUAGACUAUGUAUGUUUAAAUUAACUUCUUAUUGAAUGUACAGACAUCAAUUUUUGACAUUACGCAUGGUCCUUUUAGAUCACAUGAAGUUUGAUUUGCAAACAUUUCUAUAGCCGAACUUGUACGUGUGGUUGCCUCCUUAAUAAACAGCCUGACCAUAAUGUUUAUUAUUAAAUUUAUAUGUUUUUUCAAGUGUUUUAUUAAUUUCUGGAUAUGGUGAGAUCCUCCCGCUCCCACUCCCCGCCUCCCCACCCCACCCCCACCGCCAGUUGUCUACAAUUGGUUUUAAUAAAUUUCUCAGUUGAUUUUUUUUAAACCAGA